AUGAGUUUUAAAUAUUGCAUAAAAGAAUGUCACGAAAACUAACCAGUAGCCUUUGUUAUUAGAGAAAAUAAUCAAUGGGUUCUAUGCUGCGCAAUGUGUUAAUUUGAAUCGGAUCUACCAAAAUAAUCAUUUACAGCUUUGAAGGAUCUAGAAAAAAUCAACAAAGAAAUUCGAGAAAAGUUAGAUUCAUCAGAAAUUGUCCAACACCUUUAUGGUGCUUUAUUCAACCUAAAACAAUGGCAAACAAAUUUUGAGAAGCUUUUAUUUGACCUGAAAUCUUAAAUUUAAUUAAAAGUAGACCAUUUCUCUUCUUUGAUUGAAACACUUAAUUAAAAGAUCGAAUACUUUAUUUUCAACAACGAAAAACUUCAAGAAGUUCUUAAUUUUAGAGAAUAACUAAAGGUCGACUUGGAAAAUUGUGAAAGUGAUAUAUAAAAUCUUUAAAUGAAUUUGGAAAAUGCCUUCCUAAUCUUAACAUUAGGCUCAUCUACCCAGCAAACAGAAAAAGAAACAAAAGUUCCCUCAAUCAUAGAUGGAUAAACAGAUAAACCGGAAAAAUCUAAUUCAAAUUCUAUUAUAUCAGAAUAGAAGCCUUAGAGCAAUAUAUCAUAAUAAAUUGAGAUUGAAAAGCCUGUAGAUUUACCUAAUCCUAAGACCAUGUCUGUUUUAAAAGUUGAAGAACUUAAGUAAUAAGGGAGGAUUCAAUUGGAUUAAAAUACUUACUACGAAGGAGAAGUAUACAAGGGGAUGAUGCACGGCAAAGGAAAAUUGGUUUAAAGUACUCCAACCUAUGAAUGCAUUUAUGAAGGAGAAUUUUUUGAAAAUAAAAAACAUGGGGCUAUCACAGAAACAUAAAUCGAAAUAGAAGACUAAGACAUAAAUCAGUCUUUUUUUAAAAGUCUAAAUUUAAUAAAGCCCACAAAUUAAAGGAAGUUAAAAUUAAUAGGAAUCUAUAAAGAUGAUAAGAAAAUAGAAGUAUUUACAAAAAUUACUUAUCUUAAUGAUGUCAUCGAGUCAUAAAGAUAUUAAUAUUAUGAUAACGGUACUUUGACUGGGGAAUUUUCAGACUGA